CCUUCAACGUUCUCUCCUCCCUCAUACCUCUAGCUGUGUUGGCCCUCCCUCUGUGCUUACUCUUAUUCGCUCUUUUUCGUUCCCCCCCCUCUUCCUCCUUCCCAUUUCUGUCUUCUUCUCUUGUCCCUCUCUUUCUUCCUCCCUCCCUCCCAAGUCUCCAGUGUGUCUCUCCCCUUCUCUCCUUCACACUUCAACAGAAUUGAAAGUGGAGCUGUCAGGUUCUGUCACAGUGGAGCCUCCCUCGUACUGUGGUGGCACUUUUGUUAGACUUACGUCUGUCACUUUCCCACCCGACCACCACCGCCGCCGCCGCCGAUGUCCCUUUUGCUCCGAGAACUGUAAAGAAAGCCAUCGGCUGGCCCGGAAUUCUGGGACUGCAAUCACCUGCAACACUGUCACCAUUGUUUUGAUGCAAACGUCCUCCCACACCUACCUGUCAGACCUGUGAUUUCCUCACCCAACUCGUCUCCCAACUUAUUGGUGGACCGCCGUCUUUUCUCUCUACCUGCCGACACCUGUACCUUUUUUUUUUUUUUUCUUUUUUUUACCUGUGCAAGGGUUCGUCUGCUGGUUCGAAUGUCGCCUUCGCUGGCUAUGCAUCCUUCCCGUAAUGUAUGGAUCCAGGUGGUGCAAAGUCAUAUCAGCUGAUUGGGGUUGCCUUCAUCCUCUUACCUUUUCACACCUUCGUUUGCAAGCCCAGAAAAGGGUAGCGAUACCAUGCAGAUACUGGCACUGCCCGCUCUACUCUUGCUGCUUCUUCAUUUCCCCGUGAGAUCAUGGACGUCCCGGCCUGCCCGUGUCUACCUAACGUACAAAGAGCUCAUGGAGUCGCGCACGGCGCGUUUCUUCAGCUUUGGCUUCAACACGAGCGACUACCGGAUCCUCCUCCUGGAUCAGGAUCAGGACCGGAUGUACGUCGGGAGUCGUGACUACCUGCUGUCCAUGGACCUGGGCAACAUCAAUCGAGAGCCUUUAAUUAUUCAUUGGCCGGCCGCCCCGAACCGGCAGAAGGAAUGUCUGAUGGCGGGCAGAGGACGUGCAGACGAGUGCGCCAAUUAUCUGCGCGUCAUUCAGCCGGUGAACCGAACUCAUCUCUAUGCUUGUGGAACCGGAGCGUACCAGCCGCAGUGCACUCUUAUCUACCGGGGCUGGAGGUCAGAGGACUAUGUGUUUAGGAUUAUAUCCGGCUCCCACGAGUCAGGGAAAGGAAGAUGCCCCUAUGACCCUAAGCAAGACAACAUGGCGACCAUCAUAGACGGGGUUCUGUAUGCGGGAGUCCAGGUGGAUUACAUGGGGACGGAUUCCGCCAUAUUCCGCACUAUGGGUAUCAAACCUCCAAUCAGGACCGAGCAGUACGACUCCCGAUGGUUGAAUGAUCCGGUAUUUGUGGGCUCUCUGGUUGUGCCGGAGAGCAGCUUUAGAGAGGACGACAAAUUGUACAUCUUAUUCCGGGAGCGGAGCCUGGAGGGCGAGAACGGGCCGGCCGUUGUGUCUCGGAUCGCUCGGAUAUGUUUGAAUGACGAGGGUGGGAUGCGCUCCCUAGUGGGAAAGUGGACCUCAUUCCUCAAAGCGAGACUCGUUUGCUCUGUCAUUGGUCCAGAUGGGGUUGAGACAUCGUUCGACCAGCUGCGUGACAUUUUUAUCCAGCAGACUCAGGACAAGCAGAACCCUCUCAUCUAUGGAGUAUUCACUACGCUGGGUUCCGUGUUCCGGGGCUCUGCCGUCUGUGUGUACUCUCUUGCUGACGUCCGUGCUGUGUUUAAUGGGCCAUUCGCACACAAGGAGGGACAUGGGUUCCAGAUGACGGCCUAUACAGGGAAAACGCCUUACCCCCGGCCUGGAGCGUGCGCCGGUGGCUUCUCGGUGGCCAGCAUUCGCUCCAGUCGGCAUUUCGGCGAGGACGUGCUGAGGUUUGUGCGGACACACCCGCUCAUGUACACUUCGGUGUACCCCGUGAACCGCAAACCCCUCCUCCUCCUUUCAGACGUCUCCUACACCUUCACCAGUAUCGCUGUGGACGUCGUGCCGGCCUCCGAUGGGGAGUACACCGUUCUCUUUCUGGGCACAGAUCGCGGGACGGUCCAGAAGGUGAUGAUCCUACCCAAAGGUCCCGAGGAGACGGAAGGUGUCACUCUGGAGGAGGUCGAAGUGUUCCGGGUUCCGUCUCCUGUUAAAAAUAUCAGGAUAUCGUCUAAGAGGCACCAGCUAUACGUGUCUUCAGAUGCCGGAGUGACCCAGAUUUCCCUCCACCGAUGCCCGGUCUAUGGAGACUCCUGUGCGGACUGCUGUCUCUCCAGAGAUCCGUAUUGUGCAUGGGAUGGAAAGGCCUGUGCCCGCUACACUCCGUCACCCAUGAGGAGGAGUCGGCGUCAGGAUGUGAGACACGGGGACCCAAUGAGGCAGUGCAGAGGGUACAACAUGCAAGUGGACAGAGGGGUCUCUGAGCACCUACAGAUAGGAGUGGAAGGUGGAAGCGUCUUUCUUCAGUGCGAUACCCAUUCUCCGCUCGAGAGCGUCACUUGGUUACUGCAGAGAGAGGGCUCCCAGCAUCGGAAGGAGGUCAGACUGGUACGACUCCAGGCCAUGGAGGGUGGGGCAAUUCUCCGCUCGGUCCAGACGAACGAUGCCGGUUUGUACACGUGUUUGGGGACAGAAAAUGGAUUCCGAAGGUCACGUGGAAAAAUCAGAUUAACAGUUUUACCCCGCGAACUGCUGGAAAAACUGACGUCUUCUCCAACCCUGCUCCCACCAACAGCUCAGUGCCCGCCUGCACGCCGCCAGAAGACACGAACUCAAACAGACCGGAACUGAGGCGGUUAUAACAUGGACCUUGUGGCAAAGGGGGCUGUCCAACCACAGUUCCAAGACCCACUUCAACACAAGAGACUCCAAUCACUGGGAGACUGUAUGGGAGGAUCCUACACAACUCACUACCAGACCUCCAAAAUGUAAAAGCCCUCCCCAACCUCUUGACCCCAGAAGCCGUUGAGGGAGGAGCCUUAACACUACCCCAAAUUCUUACCCACAAAUGCUUGGGUGCUUUACCAACUCGCUACCAGACACCCUCACCCAGUUGAGGUUGUGGAAGUGGCCUUCAAAACACCACCAGAUAUCCUAAUCCAGGGGCCAUUAUGGGAGGAGCCUUUACAACUCACUACCCAACAUCCUGACCCAGAAGC